ACAAGAACACUUGGCACAAGAAAGAAUGUCUGAGCAAGCAGAGACGUUGGUCGAGCCCCCCUUUUUGGAUGUGUCCACAAUACCAACACCACCCCCUCCGCCGUACAAUGAAGAGGAGCAGCAGCAGCUGCCGCCCCCAUACUCCGAAGACCUGUCCGGAGACCCCGAGGCUAAAGGUGACACGGCGGAAUCCGAGUCCUCCCCUGAUACAAAAUCCGAGUCGGCGCCGGAAGUCGUCCCGCUUUAUGAGUCACCUGCUUUCCAGGACAAGGCAGUCAGGAGGGCAUUUGUUCGGAAGGUGUUCAGCAUCCUGACCCUCCAGCUGGUGUUCACCUUCACAGUGGUGUGUGUGUUCACCUUUUCCGACGUUAUCAAGAAGGUGGUACAGGCCAACCUGUGGGCCUACAUCACCUCCUUCUGCGUCUUUGCAGUGGUCGCCAUCACCCUCAGCUGCUGCAAGUCCUUCAGUCGCCGUCACCCCUGGAACAUUGUGGGCCUGGCCAUUGUCACUAUCAGCCUGUCAUAUGUGGUGGGAACCAUGGCCUCCUACCACAACACCAGAGCUGUGGUCAUCACCAUGGCGUCAACCUUGGUCAUCUCCUUCACCAUCAUCGCUUUCUCCGCACAGGCACGCUAUGAAUUGGGGAUUUGCCAUGGUCUCCUGCUGAUUCUGGGGGUGGACCUGUUGAUGUUUGGCGUGUUCAGCACUUUCUACUAUUCAUACAUCGCUGAAGUCUGCUACGGAUCUUUGGGCGCUCUGCUGUAUGCUUUGUUCCUGAUGCUAGACUGCCAGAUGAUGAUGGGACUGAUGGGCCACCGCCUGGAUCCCGAGGAGUAUGUCACCGCCGCUCUGAUGAUCUAUCUUGACAUCAUGCUCAUCUUCAUCUACCUGCUAGGGAGGCGGUGAAAGACUCAAAUCUCCCAUCUUGACCCACAGAGCCCUUUAUUUUUCUUUGUUUAAAAAUGGAUGAUUAGCAAUGCUCUUUUUACAGUCUGUUUCUGAAAUCCCAUUGCAUUACACAAUGAAUUAAGGCUAUGUCCACACUUACACUGGUGUUAUGAAAAACUAGUGGCUGCCAAACAGGUGUCGCCAUUUUAGGCAAUCAGAAGCCUGAAGAUUUGGGAGGAAAAAAGCAACACGCAGUUUUCCAAAUAAGUCCAUGUUCACUAACCUAAAAGACAUUAUAUACAGUACCUUAACAUAUCUUUGUAAGAAUAGCUGGGAUUGUGUGGACAUGGCCUUAAACUGUUUUCAAAUCAACAUUCUUGAACAAUAUUGAGCAGUAAGACACGUCAAAUAACCGACGUGAUGUUUGGAAUGACCUCAUGCUGUUUUAAUAAAAAAGCUCAAUUUGUAUAAGCGGCAUUAUUAGCUGAGUCAUCCGUCACCACAGUGAUGAGUAGUUGAACUUGAUGCGGAGCAGGUAGCGCAUGCGCGUUUGGGCUGGGUUGUAGACGAUGAACUCGUUGUAGAGGAGCGAGUAACCACUCCCCCUGCCCGCCACCGCCGCAGUCUUCACGCCCGGACCCAUCGGCACCGUCACUCCAUUCCUGGGAGACAGACAAAUGAAAGCAGGGACACUUUAAAUUGUGCAUUUGCAGGUUAAUGUAGUGGGUUGAAAUGU